AUGCACAAGCUGGUCGAACAAUUUCUGAAGCUAAAGCCGCCGAAGUUCUCUGGCGUAGGUGAUCCAGAAGCAGCAACUCUCUGGGUUAGAGAAUUGGAAAAAGGUUUCGCCUUACUCAGGUGUUCUGAAGAAGAAAAGGUGACGUUAGCGGUUUACCAACUGCAGGGUAACGCUAGCACUUGGUGGGAAGCCACUCAAAGAAGAGUCUUUCCUGAAGGUACGGUUCCAGGGUGGAAUGCCUUCGUGGAAUUGUUUAACGGGAAAUACUUCUCAGACUGCGCAAGAGAGCGGAAGAUGGCUGAGUUCCAACAACUUCAUCAGAAUCAUCUGUCAGUUGAUCAGUACGAGGCGAGGUUAGCCGAGCUGUCAAAGUAUGCCCCGAGAUUAGUCGAAGAACCGAUCGAUAAAGCAAGGAGAUUCCGAGAUGGUCUGAAACCAGAAAUCAAGGAUCAACUAGUGCCCUUGAACCUGAAGAAUUAUGAUGAAUUGUAUGAACGAGCUCAGCUGAUUGAGAGGAACAUGACAGAACGUACAGCCGCAUCUGGAUCGCGGUUUGUACCUAAUCGGGAUAAUCGUCGGUUCGGGAAGGGACCGAUGACUGGAGGAAGGUAUCCUAUUCCACCCAACAAGAAGAGUGGCGUUGGGAAACCGGCAUACAACUCCAAUGCCGCGUGUCGAUUUUGUGGGAAAAGGCAUGGGAACGGCCCUUGCCCAAACAAGACAGUGACAGUGACGUGCUUUAACUGCGGCCAACAAGGCCAUUAUUCGAGGAACUGUCCCCGUCAGAGGAUGCCAUCUCAACAAACCCAAGUGGGGCAACAAGCUAGCAAUGCUCCGCAAAAUCACCUAAAUCGGCCACAGGCGUAG